CCCAGAUCUGCAGAUGCAAAGCUGGCUCGUCCGUCCGCGCACACCCCCUUCCUCCCCGCUUCCGCAGGCUCGGGAUUUCCGUUUCCCUCCUUUUGCAAGACCGUCGCUCUUCUUGCAAGCUCAGCAGGGCGCUCCCGGAUCCAAGGCCGCCCUCCCCGCUUGCAAAGCUUGCAAACUAAGCAUGCACCCGUCCGAAGCGGAGGAGCCGGACCAGCGGGCGCCGGAGCCGGGGAUCCGCCAGCUGCUGCCCUCCAGGGAGUUCCUGCUAUCCCGCCAAGGGCUGCCCCUGGUGGUCGAGGCGGUGCUAUCGUUUAUCAUUUUCAUCUGCUUUAUCGCUUCCAAAGCCUCAGCUUUCUUCAUUGUGCCCCUGCUCACGUUCCUGCUGGCCCUGUUUUUUUUCUUUGCGUAUUCCCUAAAGCUGUACAAGAAGUUCAAAGAAACCUACUGGCUGUUGGUGCAUUUCUUGUGCUGCCUCGUUUCUGCCAUUAUCUACUUCGCCAUCUCGAUUGCUACAGUCUCCAAAUACUUUGACGGGGGAGCGAAAGCAGCCGGAGUCUUGGGCUUUGUUGCGACCCUCGUGUACGCUCUCGAUUUCUACAGGAUCUUUAACAAUCUGGUGGCGUCACUCAAGCAAAGCGAUCCUUCAGAAGCUGCUGAGCAGCGUAGAUCAGAAGAGGAGGCUUCCGACUCGGAUUCAGACUGAAGAGCAUCAGGGAGCAGGAGCCAGUGAUGCUCUCUCUUAUAACCUGUGUAUGUGUGUGUGGGUAUGUGUGAAUUUUCUUCCCAUCUGUGCAGGGAGCAUCGCCAAAGCCAAGGUCAGGGAUAAAGGGGAAGAGGAACAUCCCCAUCUCGUAGGAACUUCCUUGGGAAAGCAAAUUCUGCUGGUGUUUUGAGCCUAACCAGGACUUCCUUCUACCUUCCCUCCUUCAGCACUACAGCGUACAAUGCGGGUGAACUUCGGAAGUUAGAAUCUAGUAAUCUUUUACAGUCAGACUCAUUAUAGGGCGAGGUGUGUACACAUUUGCCCCCUGCAAGCAAGGCGCAAGGCAAAGCACGCAACGCCGAGUCUCUUUUAAACGUUUGCUCUCGCUUUUUAAAAAGUUCUAGUUUUGUUCUGCUUUUUAAUCUUAAAAGGUAAACAAAAAUAGAAUUACUGGAAUGGGAUCUGCAUUUGCAACAGCUGUUGAUGCAACAAAUGGGUAGAUAAAAUCAGUGGUUAAAUAGGCAUGGCACAACUGUGAAAUAGCAGGUUUGGUGCAGGGUUUUUGCUUUUCUGAACAGCUUGGGGAAGAUAAGCAGAGAAUUAACUUAACCCUUCUGCUUCUCCAUUCCAAAUUCUUCAAAUGUGUGUUCCAAAUGUGUGUUUAAUAAAUCCAAGCUUGUUUGGAACCAAAUUGGGGGAGGGGAAGCAGCAGGGGGCAUUUGGAGUAGAGAUACGGUGGACUGGGGACAGAGGCAGAGCGCUCACGGGGACAUGUGGGGUCACAUGUCCCUGGGUGCACCCCAGCUGGUCCCCUCAGCCUGGCCCCACCAGUCAGCAGAGCCUCCGCCUGCCAAAGGAGCAGCAUGGCUGGGCCACCUUGGCCCUACCCGUGGCAGGCUCCUCCCAGCUAAGGUAAGUGGGGUGUGUGUGUGUGUGUGUGCAGGGGAGGGUGCCCGGAGCAAGUGUUGCCCCCGGCACCUUCCCCCCUCCCAUGCCUCUGACUGGGGAGUACCAACCCCAGCUGCUUCUCUGCUUGACUCCCUCAGAGCUGUUUAAAACAGCAUCAUAGUCCUUACACCCACUCUCACGUUAAUUUUAGCCGUCUGCCUGCUGGGCUUACGUAUAUUUGAUGCUGUACCGUAUUGCAACCAAAGCUUAGUAACAGAGUAUGAUUUGGGUUAUAGGAAAUUUGAUUUCUCUAUGCUUUGGUCCAGUUUUCAAAAGGGAGGAGGGGUGUUGGGCAAUUGUUGCGGGGAGGCAAAGCCAUGAUGUCGCCCGCUCCUAACAGCCCUGGUCAAAUCUGCCUAUCGGGAAGGUAGUGAUGCAGACCAGCUUUAGACAAGGAGUAGAAACUCCAACCAGUAGAGCAAUAUUACUUUGCACAUAAUAAAGACCUCCCGCUCAACCCAUGGCAGCCAGUCAUUGAUGCCCAUGCGUCCUGUAAAGUGCUGUCAGGCUGCAGCUGGCGUGGCAAUUACCAUACCGUUUUCAAGGCAAGCGAUGACCAGAGGUGGUUUGCUGUUGCCUUCAUCUUGGACUUCCUUGGUGGACUCCCAUCCAAGUACUAAGUGGGGGUGACCCUGCUUAGCUUCGAAGAUCAAGGAAACCUGGGCCAUCCAGGUUUGGGCACCCUACUGGAUGGCCAUUCCAGCCAGGAGAAGGAUGGGAAGUUGGCCAGAUUAAGCCUUCAGCAACUUAACAAUAUUCUUCAGGAGGCGGCAGCUUGAAUUGGGAAAAACUUCCUAACAGUUUGUGUCCCCAACCAUCUCUCACAGUCGUCCAGCUAACUAGCCAUAAUAGCUAAAUGGAAGCCAAGCAAUGGAGAGUUUGCCAAAGCAAGGGAGGGCUGUUGCCUGCUUGUAAGCUUCCCCAUAAGUGUCUGGUUGUGGGGAAACUGAUCCACAUCGACUUCUGCUCUGAUCCAACAGGACAGAGAUGAUUGUUUUUUAAUACGAUUGCUAGAAUAAUUUCAUAUAAGCGGUAAAACAGCUGUGACAGUUGGCUGCAGGCAUUCAAAGAGACCAACAAAUUAUGUCCCAAUUACCCCCUAGUCUCAAACGCUUUCUUAUAGAUAUGAACGGGAGAAUUUUGUCUUCCUUCUACAUAAGGUUAUUGUUAAGGGGAGCUCUUAAACAGUUUAUUGGUUAUGCAUAGCAUUUAGCAUGUAUGCUAAAUAACAGUGUGAAAUACUACAUUUUUAUAGGUACAAACCACGGCAAAAAAAAAUUAUUCCUGGCAUUUUAGUGAGCUGCUAGUAGCUGGCUCCUAGCAGUGCACAGAGGUGCUUUGCAGGAAUAGCUGGGCUUAAUAACACAGUUCAGGGGUGAGUAAAAGUGCUUCCUUAAUGUGAUCAUGAAAAGUCCUGACGCCUUCUCAGGAGCAAGCCUUUGGAACGCUCCAAAUGAAUGUAUUAUAUUUAUACCUCUUUUUUUACUGGCAUUUAAAUAUGAUAUUAUAAUUUUUUAAUCUGUCUCUUACGUCAAACUUUUUAUAUAUUGCAUGUGAAGUGCCACAUUGUUCAUGCUGGAAUAAACAUCACUGACAAGCG